AUGUCAGGCUCUACAAAAAAUUUUGUUAAUAACAAAGUCAGCGCUCGUCGAAUCAUGGUAUUUGGCAAAUCAAAGGAUCCUGAUUCACAUCAAGUGAAACAAAUACUUGAACAAUAUUUGUUACCAAAAGAUUCUUAUGAAUGGAUUGAUAUUGAAACAAGACAAGAUUGUAAACAAAUGGAAAAUUAUUUUCGUACUCUUUGUUUUACCGAUCGCCGACAGACUCCGUAUAUUUUUAUCGAUCAACUUUACUUUGGCUCUUUAUUUGAAUUAAAUCUUUCUCAUAAAGAUGGAUCAUUGAAAAACGUCUUACUUAAAUAG